AUGGCUGACGGCUUACAUUUGAAAAUUGACAUGACAAAGGAGAAGAAAGUGCGAAAGUACACACUUACCAAUGGCAACCAGUCUGCUCCUAUGUAUACGGUGGAAAUAUCCAAGAAGUCGAAACCUCAUGCCAAAGUGAUUAAGCAUAGCGCGUCACUCAGUGCUCAUCCACCUCCACCGCCUGCUCAAUACCAAGUGCCUCCUCCAUACGUCAACGGACACCAACCAUACAACCAGCCAUAUAACCAACCCUACAACCAACCUUACUAUCAACCUUACAACCAACCGUAUAAUCAACCCUUCAGCCAGCCCUAUACCCAGCCAUACAACCAGAAUUACAACUACCAACCCUCGCCACCAUCCGACCAGGUCGUCGGGACGAUGACAUUCCACGAACUAUCAUCCAAAAUAGACGUCUCAUUCAAUGGUACCGAUGUAUCGAUGAAACGCUCAGAUCCCCUAGCUGGAGGCCGCAAGUUCCAAACUCCCACCCUGGGCAAACUGCAAUGGAAAGAGGAAAACCUGCUUAGCUGUAACCAGAAGCUUGUAGAUGAAAAUCGCAAUGUGAUUGCGCGGUACAACAAGAAGAAAGACGAGAUAGUCGUCCUACUGCCACAUCAUCAGCUGGAGAGGAACUUGGAUAUGAUCGUUGUCACGGGCAUAGCGACUGUUGAGUACGAGAGGAAGUCAGAAAGUGACGCGGACACCGCAGGGGAGAUCGUUGAAGCCUUUGUCGGAUGA